AUAAUUGCGAUUGUCAAGCCUGAUAAUUGAUGUUAUGUUGUAGGGCAUAGAGAUUAUAUCUCAUGUUAGAUGUAGUUGGAUAUAUUUGCUUUCCCCUUAAUUUCACUACUGUUUUAUUGAGAAAUCAAGUACUAUAUAUCUAUGUACAAGAUAUGUAAACCUAUAUGAAGCCGAUCAUAUAUUCUAUACUCAGGACACAUGUUUUUCAUGCCCUCUAUUUGGGUUGAAAAAUUUCGGCUCCCGUGGCAACACAUGAGCAAGUCUGGUAAAGAAUAGUAGCAAAAAUGAACAAAGAAUAGUGAAUCCUGAAUACAAUGAACAUGACUGGAAAAGAAUUGUAGACUCAUGACCAAGUCUGCAAAACAAUAUUCUACACUAACGACACAUGUUUUUCAUGCCCUCUAUUUGGGUUGAAAAAUUUCGGCUCCCGUGGCAACACAUGAGCAAGUCUGGUAAAGAAUAGUAGCAAAAAUGAACAAAGAAUAGUGAAUCCUGAAUACAAUGAACAUGUCUGGAAAAGAAUUGUAGACUCAUGACCAAGUCUGUAAAACAAUAUUCUACACUCACGACACAUGUUUUUCAUGCCCUCUAUUUGUGUUGAAAAAUUCCGGCUCCCGUGGCGACACAAGAGCAAGUCUGGUAAAGAAUAGUGGGAAAAUGUACUAAGAAUAGUGAAUCCUGAAUACAAUGAACAAGUCUAGAAAAGAAUUGUACACUCAUGACCAAGUCUAUAAAACAACACAAGAUGGCCAGGAAUCAGUUAUGAGCAGCCACAUCAUGGAAUGAACCCCUGGAAAAUUCAAAGGAUUUCUUAAAUCUGGAAAAGAACUUGAUUUCGCUUAAGUUCUACAAUGUAUAUAUCAAGUAAGUUGCACUGCAGCUGAUCCUUCAGCCCCAACCAGCCUAUUAGUAUUGUUAUUUUGUAGAGUGUAAAACUUCCAAAUUCUUCUCCAUUUUGUGCGUAAUAUAAAACUACCAGUCACCUAAGCCAUUAGGGCUAAACUGCAAAUGUACUCAACAAUGAAGACAAGACAAUGAUUCAUGAUUAAAAAAUGUUGUGGAAAUCAAGUUCAUCCUGAUUCUUGAACAAUUAAACAAUGUAGACAUGCUGUAACGACAAUAUUUAUGAUUACCAUGGCUUUGCAGAAAACUCAUGGUCAAACUGCAGCUAUUUAGUAAUAAUAUUACAACUCACUUCAUAUUGCAAUUGAUACACCAUUUAGGAUAUUACUACUGGAACUGAGCUCAUGUGUAGAGUGACCUGCAGGCAAGUUAAUGGAUCAGCACUCUUCUCCUAUUUGGUCUCAAUGCUUCUUCAAUUUCAACAGGAUCAAUUAAUAGCAGCUCUUUUGCUCAAUGCUUCUUCAUUUUCAACAGGAUCAAUUCGUCAGUUCUGGUAUGUAGAACUAUCUUAUCCACUCUGGAAGUGCCCUUCCUACCUUUUAUUUGGUAUCAAUUGAGAACUGUUUUAAAGAGUAGAAACCAAUCACGGGGUUAUUACACUUGGUUAGUAGUGUUUCCUAUUUUCUUAUCCCUAUCUUACCUGCAUUCUUGAUAGUUUGUCAUGUCUCUCCUGCUUGACAUGACAAAUCACAAAGAAAGAAAAAUCCUUAUGACUUGUGAGCUUUGCCUGUUAACUUAACCAAUGCUGGGAAAUCUCUUGCUUUGUACAAUGGUAAGUCAUGAGUCUGCUGUCUUCAUACAAUGAGGAAAUAUUUGUUUGCUGCUUAUUCAUUAAUAUCUUAUUACUGAAAGGAUUGCCAGUGUAUUAGCGAUUCAAGUUCCAGCUUUGGCAGUGUAGUCUGGAAUGUUUGAAAUUAACAAGAUGAACUCCUAUCAACUACUCCAAGGUUUUCUGAAACAGUAAGAACAUUUGCUAACAGAAACUUAGUUCAAAACUUAGCAAACUUAGUUAAGAGAAACUUAGUUACCAAGUUGCUAUGCAGUCAAUAUGCACCUAUGUUAAAUAUUCAUAUACUUGUUGACAAGGUUUCUGUAUACUGCUCCUUACCCUUUUAUGUGAUAUUUACUUUCGUGGUCAGUUACAAAUUGAUCAAGGUAAAUGUAUGUAUAUCUAUGGUGGAUGAUCUGUGUCAUUCUUUUACAGGUCAUAAUAAUUCAAGUUCAUAUUCUGGAAGGAUGUUGACCAACGAGCCUUGUAAUAAUGAGGUCAGAGAUGCUGCAAUGCAUAAUCAGUUAUCUGCUUGUAACACAAGGAAUUAUACUGCAACAUUUCCUCCAGUGCAGGCAAACUCGAAUGAUGUGCCGCUUGAUGAAACAUCUGCUUUUAACUCCGGAACUCGUGCUUCAACAUAUGUUCCAUUGCGGGAUAAUCCUACACUUGGGAGGCAAGCCCAAGAUCACAUGAAGGUGUCAUUUUCAUUGCCACUGAACACUAAAUAUCAGUAGUUCAGAUGUUUCCUCUCUGAUUUACAGGGCUCUGCUUAUUACUAAUUUUUUUGUUUCCUGACUUGUUCCGAAGGCAUGGUUAGACAUUUGUCAUGUGAGUUUGUGCAAUGGGUACCGAGCUUACACUCGCGUGCUUAAAAUGACUUCUUCUACAAGAUAGGAACAUGCGUUGGCUGUAUGAGCAUGCGUUGUGUAUAAACUGUGUAUAAACUUCAUUGUUUACCUAUA